AUGAUCGCCGCGCAGGCCAAGCUGGUCUACCAGCUCAACAAAUACUACACGGAGCGCUGCCAGGCGCGCAAGGCGGCCAUCGCCAAGACCAUCCGGGAGGUGUGCAAGGUCGUGUCGGACGUGCUGAAGGAGGUGGAGGUGCAGGAGCCGCGCUUCAUCAGCUCCCUAAGCGAGAUCGACGCCCGCUACGAGGGGCUGGAGGUGAUCUCGCCCACCGAGUUCGAAGUGGUGCUCUACCUCAACCAGAUGGGCGUCUUCAACUUCGUGGACGACGGCUCCCUGCCGGGCUGCGCCGUGCUCAAGCUGAGCGACGGCCGCAAGCGCAGCAUGUCCCUCUGGGUGGAGUUCAUCACCGCCUCGGGCUACCUGUCCGCCCGCAAGAUCCGCUCCCGCUUCCAGACGCUGGUGGCCCAGGCCGUGGACAAGUGCAGCUACCGGGACGUGGUGAAGAUGAUCGCGGACACGAGCGAGGUGAAGCUGCGCAUCCGGGAGCGCUACGUGGUGCAGAUCACGCCCGCCUUCAAGUGCACCGGGAUCUGGCCGCGCAGCGCGGCGCAGUGGCCCAUGCCCCACAUCCCCUGGCCCGGCCCCAACCGGGUGGCGGAGGUGAAGGCGGAGGGCUUCAACCUGCUCUCCAAGGAGUGCUACUCGCUGACGGGCAAGCAGAGCUCGGCCGAGAGCGACGCGUGGGUGCUGCAGUUCGGCGAGGCCGAGAACCGGCUGCUGAUGGGCGGCUGCCGGAACAAGUGCCUGUCGGUGCUGAAGACGCUGCGCGACCGGCACCUGGAGCUGCCCGGGCAGCCGCUCAACAACUACCACAUGAAGACGCUGCUGCUGUACGAGUGCGAGAAGCACCCGCGGGAGACCGACUGGGACGAGGCGUGCCUGGGCGACCGGCUGAACGGCAUCCUCCUGCAGCUCAUCUCCUGCCUGCAGUGCCGGCGCUGCCCCCACUACUUCCUGCCCAACCUAGACCUCUUUCAGGGCAAACCCCACUCGGCCCUGGAAAGCGCUGCCAAACAGACCUGGAGGCUAGCCAGAGAAAUCCUCACCAAUCCCAAAAGCCUCGACAAGCUAUAGGGUUAACACCCCCGCGCACAAAAACUCGCCCUCCGUAAACAACAACAGCGCCUAAAAAACUUUUUAUUUAACGAGAACGACGACGGAAAGAGGCGGCGAAAGACACGCGCCCCCGCCACCCCCCCACCCACCUGCAGUUCGGCCUUUAAAAACUUGCCGACGGUUUUCCCGGCAUAAACUCUCACCGCCUUGCACGGAAGAAGGGAAGAGCCUCUCUCCUCCUGUCCCCCAAUGUGAAUUUUUAAAAGGUCACAAAAAAGAAGCGAUCGGACUUUUGCAACUUCAAAACGAAACCCGAAAGGUACAUUUUCCAAUCCAUGUAUAGUCCUUUUCUUAUGCUCUCUUGUUUGCCUGAAUGUUGUCACCAAGUGAAAAAAAUUAUUUAACUAUAUGUACAAAUCUCCCUUUAAAAAAGUUUUACUGAUGUUAAAUGUAUUUCGGUGCCAAGGUCAGAUUAUGUGCCCCACAACUGACUUGUUGCAAAUAGUAAUAAAAAUAUUACUUUAACUUUA